GUGGUGGUGGGUUUUCGGGGUCGCUGCGUAGCAGCGGGCACACUUCCGCCGCGGGUCUCGGGCCGCCGAGCGCCGUCUUCACCCAGCGCCAUGGCUGUGGCUGCUGUCGGCCGCCCGAGAGCCGUGCGCUGCCUGUUGCUGCUUCUGCUGGUGGCCGGCCCUGCGCUGUGCUGGAAAAACCCUGACCGAAUACUGUUGCGGGAUGUGGAAGCUCUCACCCUCUACUCUGACCGCUACACCACCUCCCGGAGGCUGGACCCCAUCCCACAGUUGAAAUGCGUUGGAGGCACAGCGGGGUGCGAUGCCUACACCCCCAAAGUGGUCCAGUGCCAGAACAAAGGCUGGGAUGGCUACGAUGUACAGUGGGAAUGCAAGACCGACUUAGAUAUUGCGUACAAAUUUGGCAAAACUGUGGUGAGCUGUGAAGGCUACGACUCCUCUGAAGACCAGUAUAUUCUCAGGGGUUCCUGCGGCUUGGAGUAUAACUUAGAUUACACAGAACUGGGCCUGAGCAAACUGAAGGAGUCUGGGAAAUACCGAAGCCUCUCUGAUUAUUACCACAAGUUGUCCUCGGUGGACUCCUGUGGCUUGCUUACCGUUGCAGUACUGUUUGUUCUUGCCUUCGUGGUUUACAAGCUGUUCCUCAGCGAUGGCCAGGGCUCGCCUCCACCGUAUUCUGAGCACCCACCAUACUCACAGCACUCUCGGAGGUUUGCCGGCACUGCAGGAGCGCCUCCCCCGGGCUUUAAGUCCAACUUCACAGGACCACAGAGCACUAGCUAUGGUGCAAGCUCUGGCUUCGGGAGUGCCUUUGAAGGCCAGAGCUAUGCCAGUUCAGGGCCGGGCUUCUGGUCCGGCCUGGGCGCUGGAGGACUGCUCGGGUAUUUAUUUGGCAGUAACAGGGCGGCGACCCCUUUCUCAGGCUCGUGGUACCAUCCAUCCUACCCUUCUUCCUACUCUGGCGCCUGGAACAGUCGGGCCUACUCACCCCUGGGCGGAGGCGCAGGGCGCUAUUCUCCAUCCUCCAAUACAGAAUCGAGGACCAGAACAACGUCAGGAUAUGGCGGCACCAGAAGACGGUAAAAUAGGAAGUGGGAGGCAAGCACUGGAUGCAAAGUUUUUGAUUUGUCAUCACCAUCUCUUUAACACCGGGAUAAUGGGAAUAUCCAAAAGUCGUGUGGUGUUUGGUCCUUGUAUAGCGUUUUGUGUCCUGUUGUUUGUGGCCAAGGGUUGAUAUGUGACAGAAUACUUACAUUUUGUAUGCUAAUGUAACAUGCAGUUCAGAGUGAUGGCUGCUGUGGAGUGCUGAAAUUGUCAUGCUUGUUUCUAAGGCCUCUGUACCAGAGGCAGCACUGAGAGUGGAGCACCCUCCUCCUGAGACUGAGCCCAGACAGCCUAAGCUGAGGUGGCUUUGGAUGAUGACUCAUUCCCUCGUAGAAACAGCAGUGCCUCCUCUACUGGAUAUUACAGCAUUGUGCUUGCUGUUCUUCAGACAUUUAAGCCAGCACUGACUACUAAUUAUGCGGAUUUGUGGGUUCCAAUCGCUUGAUCUUUAGAGCUCGGACCCCUCCUGCUGUGUUGCUCAGCAUCUGGUGAAUGAUCCUGACCUUUUGCAGGAAAGGGUAGAAAGUAAAUGACUGCUCACAGAAGGCUUGAAAUUGCUAGACUUUUCAGUUUUCAGGUGGUAACAUUCAGAUGCUUCAGUCUCUCGGUAGCAAAAAGCAUGGAGUUCUCUGUGGAGUCUUAAACUGUCAGAUGUUUUUGUGACAUUUUGUUUCUGCCUUACAUUAAUAUGACAAUAAAUUAAAACAAAACAAAACAAAA